AUGACGACAGUUGGAAGUUUGGAACCGUUUGAUUUGGGACAGCCAAAUAAAUGGGGCUCAUAUUUGGAGCGAUUUAAAUUGUUCCUGCUUGCCAAUGAUGUCAAAGACGAGGGUCGCAAAAAAGCAUCUUUCCUCACAUUGGUCGGAGCACCAGUCUACGAUCUUUUGACAUCAUUGGCGUUUCCAAACCAGGUCAGUACAUUACCGUUAGACCAAAUUGAGAAGAUUCUAACUGAUCAUCUUUGUCCACGUCCAUCGGAAAUCGCGGCAUUUUAUCAUUUUCACAAACGUGAUCAACAUCCGGAUGAGACCGUCGGAAACUAUCUCGCAGCCCUGCGGGCAUUGGCAGUGGGUUGCAAUUUUGGAGCAGCGUUGGACAGAAUGCUGCGUGAUCGUUUUGUAUGCGGCAUGAGGGAUGAAAGCUUACAGAGAAGUUUUCUUGCAGACACUGAAUUGACAGUGCAGAAAGUUUUGGAGAGAGCAACUACUAGUGAAGCUGCAGCAGCGAGUGCAAAGGCUAUCAGACAGCCUAACGAGACUAUCCACAGCAUCAAAUCACAGCGCCCUCAACAACCAUAUAAAGGAAAAGGACAACAAUGUGCGGGUUGUGCCGGUCCAUACGGCCGGCAGCAAUGCCCUUAUCGUGAAGCAAUAUGUCACGGCUGUGGCCGGAAGGGCCAUCUUAAGCGUGUCUGCCGGAGUAAUGACUCGUCGAACGAUGUUCAUCCAGUAAAGGGCAAAAAUUCACGUGGGAAAUCGGUAAACCUCAUAUCUAAUCUGGUGAGCCUGAAGAAACGUAUCACGGUACAGAUUAAUGGAAAAUCGUGUACUUUUGAAGUGGAUUCUGGAUCUGACGUAACUAUGAUGACGUUGCGGACUUAUGAUCGUAUCUGGCCAACAAACAAGCCUAAGGUUUACAACUACGAUCCGGGGUUUAGUGACUACCAACACAACCCAAUCCAGAUACUAGGAGUUUUUGAUGUAUCAAUUCAUUACAACGGUCGUAAUAUCGAUAAUCUACCAGUCAUCGUCACUAAAAGCGGUUGUAGCGACCUUCUGGGUUGUAACUGGUUCGACCCACUAGGCAUCAGUAUCAAGGGCAUACAUUCAGUGGGCAGUGACGUACAGAUCGCAGGCAUUCUGAAUAAGUUCGAACACUUAUUCUCAACAGAACUUGGUUGUUACACUGGUCCGCCAGUCAUAUUAAACAUUGAUGCUACAGUGCCACCAGUGCGACUACCUCCACGCCAAAUUCCAUAUGCUCUAAAGGGACUAGUCGAAGAGGAGCUGGAUCGCCAAUGCAAGCAAGGGAUUCUUAAACCUGUGGAGUAUUCAGAUUGGGCCACUCCUAUUGUACCAGUUAUCAAGAAGGACGGUUCAAUUCGUAUUUGCGGCGACUAUAAAUCAACUUUAAACAAAGCGGUUAAGCCGCACUGCCAUCAAAUACCGGCGAUCAACACUUUGCUGGCAUCUAUGGAAGGUGGAUCGAUUUUUGCCAAAAUUGAUCUGGCUCAAGCUUAUCAGCAGUUAGUAGUCGACGAAAACUCGUCUUUGCUGCAAACAAUCAGUACACAUAAGGGUGCAUUCAAAGUUACUCGAUUGCAAUUCGGCAUUUCAUCAGCACCAGGCAUUUUUCAAAGCUGUAUUGAGAAUGUGGUACAGAAUAUUUCCGGAGUCUUACCAUAUUUUGAUGACAUUGUAAUAUUUGGAAAAACGGAAACGGAAUUGGCAACUAGAUUACAGGAACUGUUUAUACGUUUUGACAAAGCCGGACUGCGACUACGCAAGGACAAAUGCCAAUUCGGAGUACCAUUCGUUGAGUUUUUAGGUUUCAAAAUUGACUCAACUGGUAUAAGACCAUGUGCCGAUAAAGUCUCGGCAAUCAAAGACGCACCAGCACCUAAGGAUAAAAAGCAGUUGCAGGCUUUCUUAGGACUACUAAAUUUUUAUCACUCAUUUUUGCCACAUAAAGCAACAGUGGCAGAACCCUUACAUCGUCUUUUGGAUAAAAAUGCAACUUGGAGGUGGGACAAACAGUGUGAGAAGGCUUUUUCUACACUUAAGGAACUUAUUGGGUCAGACGACGUACUAGUGCAUUAUGAUGGUUCAUUGCCACUAGUGCUAGCUUGUGAUGCGUCACCAUAUGGACUCGGUGCAGUUUUAAGUCACAAAAUGCCGAAUGGAGCGGAGAAACCCAUCGCUUUUUACUCCCGUACCUUAUCCAAAGCUGAGCGGAAUUAUGCUCAGAUUGAUCGAGAAGCUAUUGCCUUGGUAGCAGGAGUAAAGAAGUUCCACAACUACGUCUACGGUCGUACUUUCACACUAAUCACCGAUCAUCGACCUCUGUUGGGUAUUUUUACCACAUCGAAAGCAAUCCCAAACAUUAUUUCAAAUCAGAUGCUACGUCGAUCUUUGUUCCUGUCAGCAUAUACUUUCGAGCUAGUACACCGCUCCGGAUUAAAAAUGGGCAAUGCGGAUUUUCUAAGUCGUUGUCCACUGUCAGCAGCAUCGGACGCUGUUAGCACCGACGAUGUGCUUAUGAUCGAAUUAGCAGCAACGCCAAUCAUAAGUGCUGAGGCGAUUGCCGCUCAAACAUCGAAGGACCCCUUAUUGGCGAAAGCACCAUCAGCAACUGAUGACAACACGGAAGAUCCUGCUUCCAGUAACCACUCUAGGCCAGAGAGUCCUAUUCAAGAUGAUCCACACUCAUUGCAUGCCUCACCGAUGCUACGACGUUCUGCUCGCAUGAGACGACCCACUCAAUUCUAUGAAUCAUCUGGAUGUUAA